AUGGCAACUCGUCUGCUACCUCUGAUUGUUUUAGCUCUAUCAUCUUUCAUGAUCUAUGCUACCAAUAUGAAUAUUGAUUGUGGAACAACAACGUCAUACUACACGGAUGCCAACUCGAUCAUAUGGAUCGGCGACGAGGACCUAAACACAAACGGAAUCGUGCGAACGGUGGGUAAGGACAACUCCAAUUCAUACGUUAUGGAUUCGAUGAGAGUUUUCACUUCCCUUAAUAGAAACUGUUAUGACAUUCCAAGCACGAGCGGUAAUAAGGUCUUUAUAAGGACAAGUUUUUACUACGGUAAUUACGACGGGAAAUCAGCACCCCCGUCGUUUCUCCUAACGUUGGACGGAAACUCGUGGGUGACGGUCGAGACGACAUCUAAUACUGUCGUCUCUCACGAGGCUAUUUGGGUGGUGAAAGGAGAUACGGUUAGCAUUUGUCUUUGUCAAACUAAAUCCGGCCAGGUCCCUUUUAUUUCGGCUCUUCAAGUUUACGAUAUGGAUUCUAGUAUGUAUAGCAAAGUCUCCGAUUCAUUUACAUUGUUCACCGCGUUCAGAGUGUCUUACGGAACCGACCAAACCAUCAGGUAUAGCGACGAUGCAUAUGAUCGAAUAUGGAACCCUGCUAGUAUCGGAACAGGUUUGUUAGUGAAGACUAACGACAAUCCAUUGUCAAGCACUGAUUUACCCGAUCAACCGCCUGUAGCUGUGUUCGCAAACGCCAUAACAACGCUGAGCAUUUCACAAUCCAUACAAGCUACAAUUCCUGUGGCUCUAUCCCCUGUUUACAUUAACUUUUACUUCUCCGAAGUUACACAACUCGACACCACCACCGACAGUAGAUUGUUUAGGAUCUUCAUGAAUAACAAUUCAAUCUCCGGUCCAAUCUCACCGCCUUAUGGAGAUGCGUUGGAGAUGUCAUUCGCAAAUCUCAACCUUACUUCCGACACCAUUUUCUCAUUGGAUGCUACUGGAAACUCGACACUGCCGCCUAUCAUUAGCGCCAUGGAGGUUUUUCAAGUCGUGGCGGGUCUAAACGCUCAAACUAACAGUCUCGAUUUUGACGGAUUAUCUCAGAUUUUUAAAACCUUUAGUACUAAACAACAGAGCCUAUGGGGAGGCGAUCCCUGUCUUCCGGCACCAUAUUCAUGGGACUGGAUUGGUUGCUCUAGCGACACCAUGCCGAGGGUCACGGAACUGAAUGUGAGUGGAUAUGGGUUGUCCGGAUCUUUACCUGAUUUCAGUUCCAUGACUGCUCUUGAAAUCAUAGAUCUGAGUGAUAAUAGUUUCUCUGGAGGCAUUCUUGAUUUUCUUGGAACAUUUCCCAAUCUCAAGCAACUGAACUUGGCAAACAACCAAUUCAGUGGACCAAUACCCUCUUCAAUAUCAAAAAACAACAAGAUCAAAUUUACAGUGACAGGUAACCCUGAUGUGUGCGCGACUGGAUCAUCGUGUGCCACAUUGGACUCCACACCCACAUCCGUGGGAACCACACCAACGCCGUUUGUGGUCACGUCUAGGAAGAAGAAAAGCAACACCGGAGCAAUUGUCGGGUCCAUAGUUCCAAUCUUCGUCGUUUUUUGGGCUGUUGUCGGUGGAUUGGUGGUGAGGCACAAGAGACAAAAGGCCGCCAUGGCUGCAGUCGGAGGAGUAGGAGCCGGAACUGGAGUGCAAGGAAGUGCGGGCGGUGUAGUCGGGCAAAAGCCAAAUGGGAACGUGAAUCAGAACCCGGAAGCGUCGCCCGCAUAUCUUUUAGGGAAACAGUUUGGGGCCGGCGUGACCGAGGAAAUUAUAGACAACCAACAACAACAUCAAGGAGAUGAGCAAAAUAACAAUCAUAACUACAAUAAUGUUUGAGUGGUUCUAAAGUAAUGAGAAGCUUAUUUAUUGUAUUUUCCCUUUUUUCUAGUUUGUUUCAAUUUAUUUUACAUUAUUAGAUCAAAUUGUACCUAAUUCUUUUCUGAAAUUUAAUAAAAUUAUUAUUUAUUGUUAUAA